CUAGUGUGGUAGUGUUCCGUCCUCUCCUUGCUCUGCUCUUCCCGUUCCGUCCUGUGACGCGUCACGCGUGGGGUAAGAAAAGAGAUCCGGAUUCCGGAGCGAAACGGCCAAGGAGUCACUCUCCCUCUCUCCCUAUCUCCAUUGCUCGAGUAAUGGUGAGGAGGCAGUAGCGCUCAGUGGAGCUGCAGCGGCAGCGCGGAGGAGAGAACGCUGCGGGGUUGCUCCGCUGCCGCGGUCCCAGUACGUGGCGGCCCGCGUGUCGCGGCGCUCCAUGCGGCUCUGGUGCGGCCCGUGAGAUCCGUCCGCAGCAGCAGGCAUGUCGCGGCCGCUGUACCGGGGGGUGUCGGGGAUCGGCGGCAAGCCGGCAGCGGCGGCGGCGGAGGGGGCGUACUACGACCCCAAGGAGCCCGGCGAGAACGGCAUUGGCGGCGCCUUCGGCCGGGUCGGCGCGCGGAAGCGGCACCUCGCUGCCGCGGCCGCCGCGGUGAGGAUCGGGGUCCUGGUCCUGGCGGCGGCGGCGCUCGUGGGGUCCGUCGCGUGGGCGGGGUCGCUCUACGCGGGGCGCGGCGCGGCGGCGCGCGCGGCCGCGGCCGCCGCGCACCGGGGGUACCGCCGGCUGCAGGAGCAGCUGGUCACGGACCUGCUCGACAUCGGCGAGCUCGCGGGCGGCGGCGUCCGCGCCAAGGAGGCGGAGGUGUGCCCGCCCGAGUACGAGAACUACGUGCCCUGCUACUACAACAUCACGGACGCCGUCGACGUCUCGGAUCUGGGCGGCGGCGUCGUCAUAAGCUACGAGCGCCAGUGCACGCGCGACGGCAGGGUUACCUGCCUCGUCGCGCCGCCGCGGAGCUACCGGAUGCCCGUGCGGUGGCCCAGCGGCAAGGGCUUCAUCUGGAAGGACAACGUGCGGAUUAGCGGGCAGGAGUUCUCUUCUGGGAGCCUGUUCAAGAGGAUGAUGGUGGAGGAGGACCAGAUCUCCUUCCCGUCGGACGCGCACAUGGCUGAUGGCGUGGAGGAUUAUGCACAUCAAAUUGCCGAGAUGAUUGGGCUGCGGAAUGAGUUCAAUUUCAAUGGGGCUGGGGUUAGGACAGUCCUUGACAUAGAAUGUGGAUUUGGUACCUUUGGGGCACAUCUUUUUGAUAGAGAUCUCUUGACCAUGUGCAUUGCUAACUAUGAAGCAUCAGGCAGCCAGGUGCAAAUUACACUAGAGAGAGGCAUUCCUGCAAUGAUCGGUUCAUUUGCAACAAAGCAGCUUCCGUAUCCAUAUCUUUCCUUUGAUAUGGUCCAUUGUGCGAAAUGCAACAUUGAAUGGGACAAAAAUGAUGGCAUUUUCUUGGUUGAAGUGAACAGGCUUUUGAGGCCUGAUGGAUAUUUUGUAUGGACAUCGAAUUUGAAUACACAUAGGGCCUUGCGUGACAAAGAAAAUCAAAAGAAAUGGACAGCCAUCCGUGACUUCGCGGAGGGCCUUUGUUGGGAGAUGCUGUCACAACAAGAUGAGACAAUUGUAUGGAAAAAGACAAAUAAAAGGGAUUGUUACACUUCAAGGAAAUCUGGGCCUGAGCUUUGUGGCCAUGAUCCAGAGUCACCAUACUACCAGCCACUAAACCCCUGCAUAUCAGGCACAAGAAGUCAGCGUUGGAUCCCCAUUGAACAUCGAACGACCUGGCCAUCUCAGGCUAGACAGAACUCAACAGAACUUGACAUACAUGGUGUGCAUUCAGAUGUAUUUGCUGAUGAUACUUCAAGCUGGGACUCCAUGGUGCGAAACUACUGGUCGUUGCUGUCUCCACUUAUAUUUUCAGAUCAUCCAAAGAGACCUGGUGAUGAGGACCCACAGCCACCAUUUAACAUGUUAAGGAAUGUGUUAGAUAUGAAUGCUCAUUUUGGUGGAUUUAAUUCUGCUUUACUGAAGGCUGGAAAGUCUGUAUGGGUGAUGAAUGUUGUUCCUACGAAUGCCCCAAACUAUCUACCGCUAAUAUUUGACCGCGGGUUUAUUGGGGUUCAACAUGACUGGUGUGAAGCAUUUCCAACAUACCCAAGAACAUAUGAUAUGGUGCACGCUGAUGGCUUGCUAUCACUUGAGAAGAGCCACAAGCAUAGAUGUUCUACUCUUGACAUAUUCUUGGAAGUUGAUCGAAUCCUACGACCAGAGGGCUGGGUCAUAAUCCGUGACACCGCCCCUCUUAUUGAAGCUGCAAGAUCUGUUGUUACUCAACUCAGAUGGGAUGCCCGAAUUUUAGAUCUUGACAUAGCUAGUGAUGAAAAGCUACUGGUCUGUCAGAAGCCCUUUCUCAGAAAAUAAGGAGCAUAGUAGACACUGACACAAGAUAUGAACUUAUUCUUUCCCCCUACACACUGUUACAAUUAUUGUCUGAGUACAACUGAGUACAAGUUUGGGUCAAAACACGGGAAGCAUGAUUCUGCUAACUUGUCAUGCAUCGACAUGGAACUGCAAGGUUCCAUUAGAUUGAUCGGGCAAGUGCUGCGGCAGAGAACAGGCUUGGUGGCUAAGCUUUCCAGGCCAAAGUUUUAUUGCCAGGAUACAGAAAGGAAGCCAUCAAAAUUAUUUGAGUAGCGAGAAACAUAUCCAAUAAAGGGAUGAUGCUGCGGUGUACAUAAUCGCGGCCAAUGUGCCAUAUAGGUAUAAUUCAUUUUCCCCCUUGUUACAUUUCUUUUUGUAACUGUACCCAAUUAUUUUUGUAUCUUGUAUGUAAAUUGGUUGGUCUAUAUACUGGUCAUCCCAGACUACAGCCCAGUGAAAUCAAUAUAAUUAUUUGGAGAUGAAUGAUAAGCAAUAGCAAACUGUAAAUGUUCCACCA